AUGCGUUUCGUUACCCUUGCGGCUUUGGCCCUUUCAGGCGCUGUGAACAUGGCUUCUGCCGGUCCUUGCAAGCCUCGUGCCCCUACCGGCACCUCUUCUGCUGGUGUUUCUAUGUCCGAGACGUCUUCCGCUGCCCUGUCUGGGACGGCCUCUGUUGGAGUCUCCAUGUCUGAGACAUCUUCUGUUGCUGUUGAUGUCACCACUCUUCCUGAGCCUCCCGUCGACUCCAUCAUCCAAAACUCUGUCACUGGCGGUGGUAUGACAAGCCUAGACCCUUUUGUUGUUGUGGGUGAUGUCAAGAUCAACAACAAUGAUGGUUUCACCAAGGACGGAAGCACUGAUACCAAGGCUGCUGAACUCACUGCUACUUCUCAUCCCACCCGCAAGCGGCAGAACGGAGGAGAUAUUGCUGCCAUUAAGCAGAUGCUCACCAGCCUGAACAUCCGCACGCAGUACACUGUUCAGUUCUACUACGCCGUUGCCACCCCUACUCAACAAACCACCUCUUGUAUCCUCGAGGCCUUCAUUGGGUCUCAAAAGUUCUUCACCACUGGUCUCUUCUCCAAUGGUGCCUCAAUCAGCUACAACCAGGUCCUAGUUUCCACCAGCGUCCCUACAAGCCAGGGUUUCCUGAACAUACAGACUACCUGUACCAGCGGUGGUGCCGCAGUCUUGAUCGACUCCAUCUUCAUCUCCAACCAGGUUACCGUUGAGAACAUUGGUGACUACAGACUUGACUUUGGCGACGGUGCUAUUCGUGAGCCAGCCAACUUGCCUGCCACUACCCAGGGCACUCAGGUGCCUGCUACUCAGGACGGUGCUGCUACCACUACCGAGGUGUCCGAUGAGACUACUAGUGCUGCUGGUGGAAAUGGUAACUCUGUUGAGCCCACCACUGCUCCUCAGGUUGAUGUCACCAGCCAGCCUACUCAGGGCGGCUCUGGUGCUACUCAGACUGGAUCCGAUGAGACUACCUCGACCGGCAACAACUCUGGCAAGCCAACCACCGUUGCCCCAACUGAACAGGAGACUGAGACCGCUGGGUCCAAACCUACUACCUUUGUUGGUACCGAGUCCCUCGAGACCACCUCUGCUGAAGAUGUUGUGAGCAAGCCUACUACCAUCGCCCAGAACGGCCAGGAGACUGAAUCUACUGAGGCCAACAUUGAGCCCAUAAUUUCUGCCGGGUCAUUCGAGACUACCUCUGCUGGCACUGACCCUGAACAGUCUACCACUGUUGCCGGUAACGCUCAAAGCACAAAAGCUUCUGAGAUUGAAUCCCAGUCUACCUUCGCUCAGACUCAAAGUGAGAACGUUCAGACCACCUCUGUUGGUGAUAACUCAGCUCAGUCUACCACUGUUGCUAGCAAUGUGCAGAGUACUCAAACAGUUACAGCCCAGGUCCAGUCUACAUCUGCCCAGACCCAGAGUGAAAGCUCCGAGUCUACCUCUGUGCACGACGAUUUCGAGCAUUCCACCACCGCUGCUGCUAGUGAACAGAGCACUCAAUCCGCUGGAACUGAGGUUCAACCCACCUCUGCCCAGACUCAGAGUGAAAGUCUCCAGACCACCUCCGCCGGUGAGGAUUAUGCCCAGUCUACCACUUUCAACGACAAUGAGCAGGGCACAACUCAAACCGCCCCGGCUGAGUCUCAGCCUACUUCUGCUCAGACCCAGAUUGAAGGCUCCGAUGUCACCUCUUCUGCCGCUGGAUCUGACGUUACCAAGACCCAGAGUGUUGGAACCGAGACCGAGUCAGCUUCCGUCCAAAGCACUCGGACCUUUGGUCCAGGAGCCACCGAGACCACGGGCUUCGUAACUACCACCCGUCCUGCCGAAACCAAGUCUAACAGCCCUGGAACUACCACUGGUUCUGCUGCUGAGGAGACCUCUGCCGCAACAACCACCACUGGCUUCCCUACCGAGGAGACCAUCACCCCCAUCCGAGACGCCCGGCCUGUACAGGAAGAUUGUCUCGGCCAGAACUUGAUCGACAACGGAAACUUUGAUAGCGCUUCUGGCGCUGGUGAUGGCUGGGAGUUGUUCGGAAACGCCGCCCUCACUUACAACGGAGAGUUCGGCCCCAACGCCCGCUGCAACAGCGGCGAGUCUGCUGUCGCCCUCCGCUGGCCCCAGACCAACGGCCUCCGGGCUGCUUUCAAGCGAACCGUUCCCGACCUCGUCCCCGGAUUACCCUAUCUCUUCGGCUGGGCCUACCACGUCGCUUCGGGCGAUAAUCUGCCAGACAACCAGUGCACUAUCACCGCGACAUUCGGCGGCGUCACCUUGGCUCCUGUUGAUCCUUUCGCUAUUUCCAACGCCUGGGUCAACUACCGUAACAACAUGAACCAUGUUUCUACCCAGGACACCGAAGAUGAGAUGGUGUUUGAGCUCAGCUGCAGCGGCAGCCCGAAGCCAUUCACUAUUCUUGUGGAUGAUGUCUUCCUGACGGCCUGUCAGAAGUAG